AUGCUUUCAGGCUCCAAACCGGUUCCAGUGCUGGCAAUAGCAGCACUGUUUGUCUUUACGGCGUUCAUCCUGACUAUCGUGGCAACCGCAGGCUCAUCGUCAAAUUACUCACCCAUAAAUAAUGUCUAUUUGGGCGAAGCAGACAUUUCCCAUAUCAACGUCACAAAAGUGAUCCCGGCAACGGCUCCACUGCUUUCUGUCGUGAUCGGUCUGUUCAACAGUCCUACUUUGGUCUCCGGAGGUGGUAACUUCUCCGAAAUCUUCGAUGCCCUCAGAUCUGUGUCUCACACGCCUGCUCUCAAACCCUUGCUCGAGCUUUUGGCCAGCUCCAAUAAUGUCACAGACACGGUCUCGAACCUAGCGUUGGUUGCGCCCAUGCUUGUCUCCAACAACGCUUCCCAAGGCUCAUCUCAGCUCUUGGGUGCUGUCAGCCAACUGGUGCAGGAUUCGCAAAACUCAACCGAAACCGUACAAGGCUUGGGUCUACUGCUCCAAACCUCGAAUUCGACCAAUCCUGCCACCCAGCGUGCCGUUUUCGGGCUUCUAUCCGACUCCAAAAACUCCACAGCAUCGGUAGACUCUUUGGUGGUGUUGCAAAACCAGUCUUCUAGUGAUCGUGCUCAGCUUGCCCCCGUUUUGUCCCUGUUCCAACAAUCAUCCAAUGCGACUAUCACUUUGGGUGCCCUUAACACCCUCAUGACCGCAAAUGUUUCCAAUGACAUGUCGGCUUCUCUUCUCGCUGCCCUUCGCGCCGGUAGUUCGAAUCCACAAGCUGCACUAAACCAGGUCUUGAGCUCUGUGCCUGAAUCAGUCCGUCCGGCUGUUCUAGCUGUCGAGACUUUGCUCAACAACACGCGUGACUCAACUUCGACACUAACUACGCUUGAAGGAUUACUGCAACUCAACGCCACCACUUCUUCCUCUGCGCACCGCUCUUUCAACGCCUUCACCACUCUAGUGUCAAAUUCACAAAAUCAGACCCUAGUAUUGAGUUCAGUGGCAACUUUGGCAAACUCGUCCAGCGACGCUAGCACUACUCAGCUAAUCGGCCUUCAAGAUAUCCUAGAUUCCUCUAAAAACUCUUCAAUGGCUUUAAGCGUCUUGCAGCAAAUCCAGUCAUCAAAUUCUUCGGCCAGUUCCCAAAAUGUGUCACCUAUCUUUAGUUUAUUCACUGACUCGAAAAACUCAACUGGUACCAUCGAUUCUGUCAUGGGGCUGAUGCAAGCUUUCCAAGCGAACAGUACAGCUUUCGAGCCUUUACUCAAAAUUUUGGGCGGAACGCAGUUAGGGGACACAGCCAUCACUCAAGACACUUUGAACAAAGUGAUGCCAGUUGUUCUAGACAAUUUGGGAGUUGAUUCUACUUACCACUUGGCUAUAUUCACUUUGUGCAGCGGCUUAAGCAAUGGUAAGAUCCAGAAAUGUACGCCUUCGCAUGCUGUACAAUCGUUUUAUCUCCGCGACAUUCUCUAUGAUCAGCUCGAAAAUUCUGAUUUCCAACCAUACAUGCAGGCACUUGACAUACAGAAGGAUAACCUGUAUUUGAACGGGAAGUUGCAGAGCAAAGAAUCCUCUUACGUACCCGCGUUAAGGGCAGUCUUGGCUUUGAAUCUGCUAACUAUUAUCCUGUCAUUUUUCCUAUUGCUGCUAAUACUGGGACUGUUCUUUUUGGGCGAUAAGUCUAGGUACUGGGUACUUAUUGGCGCCAAAACUCUGGCGUUUUUGGCCUUCGUUUUUGCGCUAGUCUCAGGUGCCAUUGUUGCCGCGUUGGUUGAGAUCAUUAAACGUGACACCUAUGAUGACAGGUACAAUGUUCAAUUUUAUACCGGUUCUGCAUAUGCUGGAUUGAUCUGGACAGCUUUUGCCUUAACGUUUAUCACUUUUAUCUUGCUUUUCCUAGUGAGAGCACCAAGAAGAGGCCGUUCGUCAGCGGCAGAGGACAUGCUAUCAGCGCCAGCUACAACAUCUUCCGAUGAGAAACGGAAUGGUACGAUACCUCAGCAGAGCCAUGACGAAGUCGUCGUUGCUUAA